UCGUGUACGCUCCAAAUGAAAAUGGCGGUCAAAAAGUGGUCACCACGCAACACGUCUUCAACGUCGAGGACCGCAGCAGCGAACAUCAUUAUUGCUGUGCUGAAGCCACUAGGCUUUUGGCAAUGGACAAGGGACCCACGCCAACCAUACAUCGAAAAAGUCGAACGUGCAUACCGCAUUGUACUACACAUAACGGCAACGUCCAGCUUAAUUUUGUUAAUGUUGACGGGUGUGUUAUUAUCGCAAGAUCUCGAGGAGAUCAGCAGUAUACUACACAUAUUGCUAACCGAAUUCGCAUUGGUCGUAAAGGCAUUGCAUAUUUGGCGAAAAGGUGGCGCAGCCUGGCGCUUUAUGGACGAAGUGGCCAACGAUCCCAUAUACGCUUUGCGCCAACAGUCCGAGUGGACCAACUGGCAGCGCGCUCAGCGUUCGUUUGCCAUCGUUACGUACACAUAUUGUGUGGCCUCUGCCGCCGUUAUCGUGUUCGCUUCCAUCGGUGUCAUGAUGACACCAGCCGAUGUCUAUGUUUUGCCAUUCAACAUUUAUGUGCCCUUCGAAUGGCAUCAUCCGCGUAGGUACUGGUAUGUAUGGACCUAUAACACUGUUGCCGGAUUGAUGACAUGCAUCUCCAAUACUACGCUGGACAUGAUAUACUGCUACUUUAUGUUUCAUUUGUCGUUGUUGUACAAAUUGAUUGGUUGGCGUCUGAGCGCUUUACGGCGACGUGCCAACGAACCACCAGUGAUUAAGCAAAUGUCCGAGAUCUUUCAAAUGCAUAUGAAUGUAAGAAGAUUGACGACUGAGUGCGAGACUUUGGUAUCUAUACCGGUUUUUGGGCAAAUUAUUCUCAGCGCUUUCAUACUCUGCUUUUGUGGCUAUCGGCUGCAGCAAAUGGACAGCCUGGAAAAUCUUGGCGUGCUUUUUAGUACAGUUCAAUUCGCCACAGUGAUGGCUGUGCAAAUCUUUUUGCCCUGCUACUUUGGCAAUAAGGUAACCGAGUACUCAAAUGCCUUGACAGAUGACAUCUUCAACUCGGAUUGGACAACAUUUGAUGGGCCGACACGCAAAUUUAUGAUUUUAUAUAUGGAACUUUUGAAACGGCCAGCAAAUUUGAAGUCAGCCAACUAUUUUAAAAUUGGCUUGCCUAUUUUUGUAAAGACCAUCAACAAUGCCUACAGCAUUUUUGCGCUAGUCCUCAACAUGAAUAAUUAAAUGAAGUAGGUAUACGCGUGUUCGUUAAGUGUAAUUUCAUCGAAAUGUCGAAAUCUUCUAUUUCUCUUUAAUUCUUUGACAUAGCGAACAUCAUUUGUUUACUGUACAAGUUAAACUGAAAAACUUAACUAUGCAUAUUUGGCUUAUAAAUCAAUAUUAUACAUUUUGAAUAUUAUAUGCAGCAAUUUAGUUUAAUUAGAUCUGUUGCUUAAGCGCGCUUCACGAACGUAGUUUUAAUAGAAUGUUUUAAGUAGAAGACGGCUUAGGUUCUGUUAGUCAUAUCAACAAUAAAGCUAUA